AAAAGUGACGGCUUUUCGCCAAAAGGUUUUUCGCAGCCCAUUUAAUUAAAAAUUUAAAUGUGUAUGAGUGCGAAAUCAAUGUGCAAUGAAGUGAAUUUAAUACAUAGCUAGAAAAGUGCGCGAUCAACAAAUGAAUUUAAUGACCACAGAAAGUAGAAACAGCAGCAGCGGCAGCAGAAGCAGCAAACCAAAGCAUGUCAGCAGCCACAACGGCUGCAGCAGUUGAAGUAACCACAGGUCGCGGCGUUGCAAAACGGCUUGCUCCAUAGUAGGCACCACCAGUCCCGAUCCCCUGCCCCGGAGGCAGUUGCAGGCUGAAGAAUAGUAUCGGCACACACACACACGCUCAGACACACCGACUCAGUGAGACGGAAAAAGGGGGAACGUAAUGAACUCAUGUAGCGACAGUAGCAACGACUCCAUGGACGCCAAGCCGGAUCUGCACAUGAAUUUAAGCAAACAGGAGCCGCAGGAGCGUUACGUCUGGGAGAUGCGAACACGCAGUCCGAAUGUAACGCCCGCCAGUACGGUGCUUAACUCGCCCGAUCUGAAUACAGAGCUGCCGUAUGCCCCACUCCAUCAUCACCAUCAUCAGCCAGCAUCGUUUUUGGCCGCCAGCUAUGGACCAGGCCAGCCGACUACCGGCUAUUACCAAAGGCCGCAUCAUCCUCAUCAUCAGAUACGUGUCGGUCGCAGUCCAGGCAGUCAAUUCGAGCCACACGAGAUGUUGCCACAGGGUCUGGCUAGUCCCGGCUCGCCCACAGAUGUUGGGAAAGGGGACGGGCAGUGCCUGCGCGAUGGCGAAAUUGUUGUCUUCGACGAUAUCGACACCAACUGGAUGAAUAAGUCCGCAGCGCGCGUCGAUAGCAGCAUUGUUGGCACGGAAAGUAAUGAGGAUGUGCUGAAGGUGACCAAAAUGAUUGGUCAGCUGCCCAUUGCUGAGUACGAAGGAUCUCCCCGACGCUUUGGCAAUCAGCAGCAACAGCAAUUGAAGGGUUUCCCAAAACGUCCGCCUGGUUUUCCUCAACGUGUCUCGCCAACCACGGGCUCGGUAUCCAACAAACAGCGUGGUUCCAAUAACAAUAACAACACAAGCGCGAAUAUGGUUGAUCACAACAAAUCGUCUGUCGGUAAUCUGAUCGAUCUGAUUGAUCACGAGGAUGCGGGGUCCGCUACAGCUUCCAAAACGCCCACUUUCGAUUAUCUGUAUGAGUUCUCAGAGACGCGCAAGGUGCUGGAGGAGUUCUUCAAAGCGAAUCCCGAUGAUGAAAAGCGUUUUACAGACUACACGACGGAAAGCGGUGACGAUGUGGCUAGCUUGGAUACGCAGCAGGAUUUCGAGGCGACGCGUGUCUGCGAUGAAAACAAACAUAUCGAGCAGGCCUAUAUUGGACAACGACUGGCUAGAAUACCCAAAGACGAGCUCUACAUGGUUCAUCGUUCGCCAAAGAAACAGUCGGGAACAACGACAGAGGGUCCAUCACAACCAGGAAUUGGUGGCGGUGGCGGCGGAAGCAGUGAGAAUAAUGCCUAUCACGAGCACAACGACAUCGAGCUGUAUAUCGACUCGAAUAGUCGCAGCAGUGGCGACCUGGCAGACACAGAACUGGAGGCCAAUUUGCGUCGUCAUUCCCGGAACUUCACGCUCUCACCAGAGACAACGGACUACGACUCGAACUGCGGGGAUCUGGACAGUUUAUCGAAUGACAUUAACUGCACCACAGACUACGGAAAAUUGUACACAAGCAUGCCUGUGCUUGAGGAUGGCCUAAGCAGCGGACAUGCCUCGGACACGGAGAACAAUGUGUCGGUGGUUUGCGACAAACUGCAACCGCAGCAACCGCCGGUGAUGGAGCACAAUGGCAACAGCAGCAGCGAGCAGCUGGCAACGCGCAGCGAAAAUGAUUACAAUGCCAGCUUAAACAGUGCUGUGGAACAGCAUAUCACCCCAGUGGGCGUUGCGCUGAUAAGUGAUUUUGUAGCCAGUGUUGUCGUUUCAACGACGCCACCACCACCGCCGCCGCCCACAUCUGCGUCUUCGCCACAGCCACAGCAGCAGCCAACAACGAUAGAGCUGUCGAGCAGUCCCUCAGCCUCGCACUAUGGCGCAGUUUAUGCCGCCGCCGCUGCUGCAGCCGCCACUGCUAGCAAACCAUCACCGCCACCACCGCCCGCACCUGCGCCACACCGUCCAGCCGUCAGUGGCCAGCCGGCAAUAGCAACGCAGCAGCAGCAGCAGCGCACUGCCGAAACAGUCGAGAUACAGGAGGCCAUGAAAGAGAUACGAUCGGCAUUGCAGCGCGCCAAAACGCAGCCGGAGAAGCUCAAGUUCUGCGAUGAGGUGCUGCCUGCCGAUCCCGAUUCGCCCGUUUGGGUGCCGCGAGCAGCAACCGCUGUCACGUCAGCUGUGUCGCGCCUUGAUGAAGAAGAGGCGGACACAGAUCUGGAAACAGAUCGUUUGCUGGGCCAACAGCGACACGAUGAACAGGAUUUGUUCUGCGAACAGUCGUCGGCGCUGGCCGCCGAUAACAAUGCCAACGGUCUGGCCGACAGCAAUGGUAGCGGUAGCGGCAGCGGCAACAACAGCGACAACAACAGCAACCCGAAGCCGCAGAGUUACUCGACGGCCACGAUACGGCAAGGUAUCGGCACCUCAUUAACGCCAAAUUCGCCAGAUAUAUGCCAGAUUGUGGGUACUGCGGAUGUGUCGUUGACCUCGCCCGAAAAGCUACAGUACGCCAAGAGUCCCAGUGGUUCCAUCAAAUCACUCAAGGAUUCAAGUCUCAGUGACAAGAAAGCCAAGUCACGCAAUAAGGAGGGUCUCUUGGAACCAAAAGUGCUCAUCGAGGGUGUGCUCUUUCGUGCCCGCUAUUUGGGAUCCACUCAACUGGUAUGUGAGGGUCAGCCAACGAAAUCGACGCGCAUGAUGCAGGCCGAGGAGGCCGUCUCUCGGAUUAAGGCUUUGGCACCCGAGGGCGAAAGCCAGCCUUCGACAGAGGUGGAUCUGUUCAUAUCAACCGAAAAAAUCAUGGUGCUUAAUACGGAUCUGAAGGAGAUCAUGAUGGACCAUGCGCUGCGUACCAUAUCCUACAUAGCGGAUAUCGGGGAUCUCGUAGUGCUGAUGGCCCGUCGUCGCUUUGUGCCGCAGAGCGCCAGCAGCGGGGCAGGCGUCGACACCAUGACCGGAGAAUCGGUGGACAGUGAAAUAAAUGGCGGCAGCAAGGAGUGCAAUAAGGAGAAUGGAUCGUCAAAGCACAAUCGGACGCCCAAAAUGAUAUGCCAUGUGUUUGAGAGCGAUGAGGCGCAGUUUAUAGCGCAAUCGAUUGGACAGGCCUUCCAGGUGGCCUACAUGGAGUUUCUGAAAGCGAAUGGCAUUGAGAACGAGAAUCUGGCCAAGGAAAUGGACUAUCAGGAGGUGCUGAACAGUCAGGAAAUAUUUGGCGAUGAGCUGGAGAUCUUUGCUAAAAAAGAGCUCCAAAAGGAGGUCGUUGUGCCCAAGGCCAAGGGCGAAAUACUGGGCGUAGUCAUUGUGGAGAGCGGCUGGGGCUCUAUGCUGCCCACAGUGGUUAUUGCCAAUCUUAUGUCCGGUGGUGCGGCGGCUCGUUGUGGUCAGCUCAAUAUUGGCGAUCAACUGAUAGCCAUUAAUGGCAUGAGCCUCGUCGGUCUACCACUCUCCACGUGUCAGAGCUACAUACGCAAUGCCAAAAAUCAAACUGCCGUCAAGUUUACCGUCGUGCCCUGUCCACCGGUGGUGGAGGUCAAAAUUCUGAGACCCAAAGCACUCUUUCAGCUCGGAUUCAGUGUGCAGAAUGGUGUGAUUUGCAGUCUGCUGCGUGGCGGCAUCGCCGAGCGCGGAGGGGUACGUGUGGGCCAUCGGAUCAUUGAGAUUAACAAUCAGAGCGUGGUGGCUGUGCCUCACGACACCAUCGUCAAGCUGUUGUCGUCAUCUGUGGGAGAGAUUCUUAUGAAGACGAUGCCCACAUCCAUGUUUCGUUUGCUCACCGGCCAAGAGACGCCAAUUUAUAUAUAAAAACUAAUGUUCACAUAAACAUUAAACAAACAGAAAAACUAACUCAAAAAUAACACACACACACAACACACACUUCAACAUACGUAUGUGCAAGCCAUUUUGAUAAGUAUUUGUUCAACUAUUUACAAAUAGAAAAAGACAAACAAAAAUAACAACUGCAACGCAACUGCAACUAAAAAGUUGAAAUUAUUGAUUGACAACAACAAAC